UAAUUUCCGAUGCUGUGUUGUUUUGUUUGCAAAAAUAACAAUAAUCCAAAAGGUAAAAAAAAGCAGCUAAAAUUAUUAAAUAAACAACAAAAAAGAUGCCACUUACUGCGGAAAGUGCGGCGCAACAGAUACAGGAUCGCCUGAAAGACAUACAACAACAUAUUCACAUAGUCGACGAGGAGCGUCGCCGGGCGGAGAACUCAAUUUCCAGCUUGGUGCGAUCCCUGCAUGCCACCAAUCAAAAGGUAAAACCCCUGCUGAAGGCCAGUUUACUGGAAGCAUCCCAGGAAGAGGCCACAAUUCGAGCUGCUCUGGCCAAAAUCCACGAGAUACGCAGCAUCCGCAAUGAACGCAGGAUACAAGCUCGUAAUGCCGGCAACAAGGAGGCCAUCCGUCGUGGGGCCCUCAUGAAAAUGGUGCAGUUAUCGGCCCAAACUCUGCCUUUGUUUGUAGGGAAGCUAGGCGAGCGGGCACCUGCCCUUUGCGGAGCCAUACCCGCCGAGGGUAACUAUGUGGCAAAGGUUGGUGACAACGUGGCCGCUCUGGCCAAGGGCAUCGACGAGGAGGAGAACUGGAUCCUGGCAGAGGUGGUGCAGUUCCUGCAUCGCCAGAACAAAUACGAUGUGAUCGACAUUGACGAGGAGCAAAAGGACCGGCAUGUGCUGAGCAAGCGUAAGGUCAUCCCGCUGCCUCUUAUGCGUGCUAAUCCCGAGACCGAUGGUCAUGCACUGUUCCCUAAGGAUACGGUAGUCAUGGCUUUGUAUCCCCAGACUACCUGCUUCUACAAGGCUAUUGUCCAUCGUCUGCCUCAAACUGCCACCGAGGAUUACGAAGUGCUCUUCGAGGAUUCCUCGUAUAUGAAUGGGUAUGCUGAACCUUUGCCGGUUGCCCAGAGGUAUGUGAUUGCAUAUCGUCCUACAAAAAAGGGAGCUAGCAGUGGCAGCGGUAAUCUCUCAUCGGCUUAGGAAUUAUAGUUUUUUUUUACUAGGAAUUCUAAGUACUAAAGCUUCUAUUUAAACAAUUUAAAUUAUAUUUUUUGCUUGUAAUAUAAGAAUAUUUUCCAAAUAAAAAAAAUAAAAUUAAUAAAUA